UUUUAACUUUUUAAACACAUCUUAAAAUAUUUUGUGACAAUGUAAAUUGAAUCCAAAAUUGUGUAUUAAUUCGAAUGUUUUCGAAAAGGAAAGAAUGGAAAUAAAAAUUAUAUCGGAGUAGUAAAACCUGAUAGAUUGGAUUUGUAUAAGGUAGAAUAUUUUAACUUAUAUUUACUUUUUAGGAUAUCUAACAAGCAUCUAAAUAUUCUCUGCCGAUACAAUUAUAAACUCAUAUUAAAUGGGAAGUAGAAGAAGAUAGUCUAAAUGGGAAAAAGCAUUAUAAAAUAGUGUCAUUCAAAUUUCAAUAAGUGAUUAAAGAUUAUAUUUCUCUUAUAGGUUAAAUAAAUUAAAGAAAAUCAUGUGGCUAAAAUUACGACAUUUUAUAGUGAUGAAAAGACUUUAACAAUUCUUAAAGAGCAUUUGAGAAAUAAAAUAAUAUUUCAAAGGAUUUAAGAUUUUUAUACACCACUCUAAACUUUAGGAAAAGGUGCUUCAUCUAGAGUUCUUCUUGUUAGACAUAAAAACACAGAAUUAUAUUAUGCAGCUAAAUGUGUAGACAAAUCUUAUGUAAAUGAAACAGAAAAUGGAAUUGUACUUUAUUUUUUAAUGUAAGGAAUCUAUGUUUUAAGAAAUUUCUAUCAAUAAUACGUUAGAUCAUCCUUCUUUUAUUAAAUUACAUGCUGUUUAUGAAGGAGAUAAUACAUUUUAUAUGGUUAUGGAUUUAUUAGAAGGAAGAAGUUUACAUGAUGAAUUAAACAAUCAUAAAAAUGGAUUUCCAGAAGAUAUUGUUAGAAAUAUUAUGUGGGUAUUAAUAAUAUCCUAUUUUAAAGCAAAUUUUAACAGGAAUAGAAUAUAUGCAUGAAAAAUAAAUUAUGCAUAGAGAUUUAAAACCAGAAAAUAUUAUGCUAUUAAAAAAAGGAGAUUUGAAUUCUUUAAAAAUUGUUGAUUUUGGUUUAGCUACAUAUUGUAAUGUUGAUAAGUAAUUAUUAUUAUAAAUUUAGAUAUUUAUUUCCAAAAUGUGGUACACCAGGUUAUGUUGCUCCAGAAAUAGCUAAUUUGAUAGAUAAAACUGUUAAAUAUGAUAAAGUUUGUGAUGUUUUUAGUGCAGGAGUAAUCUUCUUUAAAUUGUAUAUUUUUAAACAUAUUUAAGAUUGACAGGAAAAGAUCUAUUUCCAGGAGUUGGAUUUAAUUUAGUAUUAAAAUUGAAUAAAUAAUGCAAAAUUGAUUUAACUCCUUUAUAAAUGAAAAAAGUAGAUCAUUCUAUUUCUGUAAUAUAUUAUAAUUAAUUUUUAUGUUAGGCUUUAAUUCAGAAAAUGUUAGAAAAAGAUCCAAACUAAAGAAUUAGUGCAGCAUAAUGUUUAUAAGAUUCCUUUUUUGCAUCUUGUUUUUAAGCUACAGGAAUAUAGGGACCUACAAAAUUAACUGCAAAUUAAAAAAAAUAAAUGUUCUCUACUAGUGGCAAGGCUUUAACUACUGAAUUUCCUAAUGAUAAAAUAAAGAGUAGUCCUUAAGAUAAACUUGAAAAUAAAGGGUCUUUUGUAACAUAAGAUAAUGCUUUUCGACCUGUCUAAUCUAAUUAAUAAAAGAUUAUGCAAAAAUUUAAUACUACAGAAUUCGAUCAUGUUGAAAAUGCUUAAAGUCCAUAAAUGGAAAAAGUCAUUAAAUAAUUUCAAAAAGGUGAUGCAAUUGAAGAAGAAGAUGAAAAAUGA